CUUUUCGUAAACUUAAUACCUGCUUACCACUAAAAUGAGCAGGUUGCUUCCGGCCAUCGCCUUCUUCGGCGUCCUGGCGUCGUUGAGUUCGGCGGCCGAUCAGCUGGAAGUAAUAGCGCAGUGGCCUCUUAUGGACUUCGCAUUGCCUUACGACCGAGGUUUCCUGGACAAUUUCCGACCGGAGAACGUGGUUCCAACGGGAAUCGAGAUCGCCUGGCACCGCAUCUUCAUCGCCACCCCGAGACUACGAGCAGGAAUCCCGGCGACGCUGAGUUUCAUUCCACGGGACAUUCCACCAGGCAGUAGUCCUCAGCUCCAGGCUUAUCCUUCCUGGGACUGGCACACCGCUGGUCGCGGCGACGUCAACUGUUCCGGGUUGACCUCGGUCUACAGGAUUCGUGCGGACAAGUGCAACAGACUCUGGGUCGUCGACAGUGGGGUGAUGACCUCCAUCGAUGACUUCACCUCCGUCUGUCCCCCGAAAAUUGUGGUCUUUGAUCUGCAAACCGAUCAGGUUAUUCGGAGCUUCCAGUUACCUCGCGAGGCACUGAGGCUGAAUUCACUCCUUACCAAUCUAGUGAUAGACGACACUGCAGCAACAACUUGCGAUGACGUCUUCGUCUACAUGCCUGAUACCACUGCCCCGGGAAUUGUCGUUUACGACGCAGCUACGGACAAGAGUUGGAGAGUCUCGCACGCCUCCAUGUAUCCAGAUCCUGAUCACACCAUGUAUCAGAUCGGUGGAGAUACAUUCGAGCUCUUCGACGGUAUCGUCGGUAUGACUUUCUCGCCGCGACAAGGGACCGUCUACUUCCAACCAUUGGCAACGGAUCGUCUCUUCAGCGUGCCGACUUCCGCUCUGCAGGCUGGAGCUCCGGCAUUUGGUGAACAACUGCCGGUUACAUUGGUUGGCAGAAAAUCGAGCCAGGGUAUGGGCUUGGGUCUUGACCCUAGAGACGAUACGAUCCUCUUCUCACCGCUGACCGAAACCGCAAUCGCUGCUUGGCAACCGCACUCGAAUAAACAACGAAUACUGGCGUACAGUCCUGAGCUGCUUCAGUUCGUUGCGGAAGUGAGGUGGAUAGAGCGUGACGGAGGUAACAUUUGGGCGCUUUCAUCACGUUUCCAAAAGUUCUUCAAGAAAGAAGUUGAUCCGCGAGAUAUUAAUGUGCGCAUAAUGAGAAUCCGUAGCGAAGAGGAAUCGCCCGUCGUUACUUUUCCGGCCGGUGGAUACAGGCAAAUAAAUCCCAUUUUCGGACACAACGUUUACAACAAUACACUCGGCUUCCACAUGAGAUUCUACGGUUUUAGUUUCCGGAGCACGAUAAUAAGAAACAUCUUUACCUUGAGAUUAGUCGAUUAUCCCAUAGAUUUACGGGCAAGCGAACGCGAAUAUACGCUAUAUAAAUGGAACGAGGGGCACCAAAAUUUCACGAUCCAAAAGAAGACUGAUUAUACUAUCUAUGUUCAGUUUUUCUCUGAGCUAAAGGUGACCGCGGCUGUAGCAGCAGGUCUCUUUCUCAAUAACGUCAUUAACGUGACAUGGCGAUUGAUACCGCGACUCCAGCAGCAAUCGGAGGCCUCGGGGAAUCCCAUGGAAAAAAUUAUGGAAAAACCAUCAGCUUAUGAAUUUAAAAUCAAAUGCUUCAACAGAUUUCAUGACAAAAAAAUAUCACAAGAUCAAAGGUCAUCUAGCGGCACUCGCUCACUAUUUCUUCCUAUCACAAAUCCUCCGAAUUCCAUGCUUUAUGGUAUGGACCGUACAUUACAAGUAGGGGAAAGCGCGGUCCAUGAAAAUCUUGACCCUCGACAACCUCAAGUCUAUGGUUCCCAUUUUUCCCUGAUUAGGCUGGACUUCGGAAUUUCAGGUGAAGCCAUGAUGGACCUUCGUCGAAUGACCUCAGGUGCAGUCUUUGUCAUUUUUAUCAUCUUGGGGGUCCGGGCCCACUUUCCGAAGGACAAAUUCCGGAACAUUUACUCCUGGAAGGCCCUGGAGUUCGAUUUUCCGACACCCGAAGCGAAAGAGGCCGCCAUUGCGCUGGGCGAAUUCAUACCUGGCAAACCGCUGCCCAUCGACGUUGACAUCUAUCACAGGAGCGGUGCUAGACCGAGAACUUUCAUAUCAAUACCACGAUUCCAACAAGGAGUACCAGUAACAUUGGGCUACGUAACGAACGUUGCUUCGAAUGAUGGCAAUCCGAUAAUCGCUCCUUUCCCAAACUGGGAUUGGCAUCGAUCUGGCGAUUGCGAGGGUAUGACCAGCGUUUGGAGGAUGGAGAUUGACCGUUGCGGCCGAUUGUGGGUGAUGGACACGGGAAAAAUCGAGGAUAGCCAAGUCUGCCCGCCACAGCUGCUCGCCUUCUCGCUAGAGACAAACCAGCUCCUUUCGCGUUACAAAUUCCCGAAGAACCAGGUUACAGCGAACUCCCUCUUCGUGACUCCGAUCGUCGACGUGCGAAGUCAGUUUUGCGACGACACAUUUGUCUACGUCGCCGACGUGACCGGGUUCGCCCUGGUCGUCUACGACCACCGGAACAUCCGAAGCUGGAGGAUAAAUAACAACCUGUUCUACCCCUACCCGAACCACGGGACGUUCUCCAUCAAGGGUGACGUCUUCGAUCUGAUGGACGGCAUCCUGGGGAUGACGUUGAGCCCUCUGAGGCCAGACGAGGAUAGAAUCCUGUACUUCCACUCGCUGGCGAGUAAAGUUGAGUCCUACGUCGCGACCUCGGUUAUAAGGAACUAUGCUCUCUUCCACGAGAAUCCCGGAGGUGCCGCUCGCUCCUUCGUCUCCUUUAAGAACGAACGGAGCUCCCAAUCGGCGGCCGAAGUCAUGGACCAGAACGGCGUUAUGUACUUCGGACUUCUUUCCGAGCUGGCAAUCGGCUGCUGGAAUAGCAGGAACUACGAAUACGGCGAUGAGUUCAUUGACAGGAUCGCCGUGAACGCGGACACCCUGCAGUUCCCUUCUGGAGUCAAGGUUAUCACCGGGUCCAACGGAAAACAGCAGCUGUGGGUGAUGACGGUGUCUUUCCAGCGACUCAUGGUUGGAACCCUGACUCCGAACGAAACGAACUUCCGGAUCCAGGCUUCCGAGAUCGACGAGCUGGUGCGCGGAACGAAGUGUGACGUCGCUUCCCUGAACAUAAACGCGAUCAAGGAGUCAGCGACCAGCCAAGGUGGAAGUUUGACAUUUCCAAAAUGAGUGUCAAGGUCCCGCGAAAAGUUCUCCGAAUCACCCGACAUGAUUUCGUACUUUUCGCGGUUCGGCAAACACCGGCGCUGCAAAGUGUCCUGUGUGCAUCGCAGAAUGAAACCGGAGGGGUAUAGUUUUUACAUUGAUCAUGGAUGAUGUCAACGGUCGGAUCAUAUUAUCGGGUGAAGUCGAGAAAGCCACGCAUUGACGGUGCUCUGCUUCAUAUUGCAGUCACU